CAGAGGAAGAGUUUCUGAGGGGGGUCCAUAGGGAAAGUGAUGGAGGGAGUGAUGGAGGGGUAGAUGACAGGCCAGAAGAAGGAAGUGCCAGGGCCCUUGGUGAGGGGGCAGCUGGCUGGGGUCACAGUAUGUGUGGAGGGGUGACAGAAGAGUAAGGCGGAAGUGGGGGCAGCAUGGGGGGGGGGGGAGAAAGGGAUGAGGGGUGCCCCUACCCUUCUAAAUCCCUCUUGCCCCCCAAAAAGCAGCCCCCCCUCUUGUCCAGGGUCAAGUCUAACUAACUCUCCCUGCUUCAUCCCUGUCAUGCUAAAUCCAAAAAAGGAGGGACAUGGGGCACCCCAAAAGUGCAUUUGUGAAGAGAAGGGGGACUUACAAGAGAGAGAAGUCAAGGGGAAGGUGUUGGGGGGCAGGCAAUCCUUACUCCAUCCUUCCAAUUCUUUACACCCCUUUCUUUCUUUUCCUCCCUUCUUUGGGGGCAUCAUAGAGGGAAGGAAAGGGGUGUAAAGAAUAGCAAGGAUGGAGUAAAGGAUGGAGGGGUCUCCCACACUGUUUCCAUCCAUUUCUGGGGCUGGUUCUCCUUCCUUCAAGACCCCCCUGGCUUUUCUCAGCCUCCCCUUCCAUCUCUUUCCUCCUAGCCUUGUAUCCAUCCCUCAUUGCUGCCUUGUCUUUCUUUUUUCCUUUUUGCUCAUUCUUUUUUCCCUUUUCCUUUCACACUUCUCUAUUGUCAUAUUAUUCCUCUCUCUCCAGCCAUCCUUUCUCUCCAUCCUUCAGUCCCCUGACUCCCUCAUCCCUCUCCAUCUCAGUCUAGGCCACCUCAAGACACCUCUCUGUCUUCUCUCUCUCUCUCUCUCUCUCUCUCUCCUUCCUUCCUUCUUUUCCUCCCCCUCAUCUCCAUCCCUUCCUCCUCCUGACCCCCUUGGCCUGGAUCUCCCCUCUUGCCUUCCUUCAGACCUGUGACAGGCGGCAGACGCAUGAUGGAAGGGCCCUGGGAAGGCCGCCUCUCGGAGGGUCUCGGCUCCUGUGCUGAGAUGACCCCUCCGCGCCCCUCAUGCCCGCACCGCGAUGGACACCUCCUCUAACUCUGCCUCCUCCUGCUCCUCCAUUGCUGUCCCUCCGGCCGACGGGCAGGAUGACAGGGCCACGGUUCGGCCCCCUCAGGGCUCUCCUGCCUCUCCAGCCACCAAAGAACCCCCCCUCUUGGACCCUUCCUCCUCUGCCUCCCCGACUCCUGACGAAACCAUGAGGCCCUGCUCCAGUUCCCAAGCAACACUUAGUUCUGCAAAGCUCCCGGCAGCCAUCUUGUCCACAUCACAGCUCCAAGUGGACUGUGGCCUAGCGACACAAAACCAGUCCCCCUCCCCACAAGCAACGUCCCCUGAAGAAGAUGAAAAAAAGCAAGAAGCUGAAGGUGGAGAUGAGGAAGAAGAUGGCGGACACAAGGCCCAGCUCUUCUUCUCCGCCGAAGGCUCAGCUUAUCUCCUCAGUGGCGGCCAUGUUCUCUUACCAAAGGGCUCCCCUAGCACCACAGCUCCCCCAGUGUCCAUCCUCCACGUCCAGUGCGGUGGAGGCCCUAACCAAGGCUUUAUGUCUACUGACCAAAUGUCCCAGAAUACCUCAGCGCCAGGUGAGUGGACUCCUCACGGCGCCUUCUACAGUUACCGACUGGCCGGGCCUGCCGCUCGAACCACAUCUGCCAAAAACACUCCCACCAAACCCAAAGAUGCCCCCACCGCCCAUGGGGAGGAUGAGGAAAACCCCAAAGGGGAAGCCAACCUUGGCCAAGAAGAGGAGCUACCAGGGAUGCCCAUCUGUCUUUGCCUAAUAUGCCGCCUCUCUUUCUGCCGGGGCCGCUCAUUGGCAACUCAUGCCCAUGCAGUCCAUGGAGUGCAGCUGAGUCCCAAUGAAUGCCAGGCCCUGACCAGAGGGGCUUCUGCCGUGUUCCAGGGCACCACACUUGGCUUCCUAGAACCAAAUAACCCCACCAUCAGGGCAGACCUCAAUGCCAGAAUGUGUAGCAGAUGGGUGAAUGUAACAGAAGAGAAGGAAGAGGAGAAGAAAGAGACAAAGAGCCCAGAAAGUCAAUGCGAGCCACCUGAUGCCAAAGAUUCAAGGGUCGGCAGUGCGCAGAGGGCCAAGGGGGGCAUGGAGGAUAAACUAGAAGAAAAAGAGGAGGAGGAGGAGGCAGUAGCAGCGUCGGCAGCUGAAAACCACAAAGAGGAAGACAGGCUUCUUCCAGACCAAAGCUCACAUGGCCAAAGCUCACCCAUGGGUGCUAACACCCCCCUCUCAGAGACACCACAGAUGAAUGCCAACAACUCUGAUACCACAACAAGUGUUGGGUUGCCCAAGGAAGACAUCAACAUGGAGUUUGGCAGUGAACUUGCAGAGGUUGGAUCAGCUCAUGAGGCUCCUUGUGCGGAAUUAGGGGGCGAAGAAGUUGGCAACACCGGAGCAGCCAAACUUAGUAACAGCCUACCCACUAACACAGAAGGUGCUGGCAUUGGGUUGGCCCAUGAUAUCACUACUGCUGAUUUGGCCCACCCUGCCAGCAAUGUUGGGAUGGCCAAUGACAUGGCUAACAUUGUUUUUGAAGUCAAUAAUGGGUUAAACAACAACAGCCACAAUGGAGGGCCCAGCCUUUCCUUUGGGGAGGAUUUUACCACCAUGGCCUACUCUGGGUUGACCUUAUCUGGCCAUAUGUCCCUGCUUCAUUCACGCAACUCCUGCAAGACUCUUAAAUGUCCAAAGUGCAACUGGCAUUACAAGUACCAGCAAACCUUGGACGUGCACAUGAAGGAGAAACAUCCUGAGAACAACAGCCACUGCGCAUAUUGUAGCACAGGAGGACCACAUCCUCGCCUGGCCAGAGGCGAGAGCUACAACUGUGGCUACAAACCCUACCGUUGCGAGGCCUGUAACUACUCCACCACCACCAAGGGCAACCUCAGCAUCCACAUGCAGUCUGACAAGCACUUAGCCAACCUGCAGGGCUACCAGGCCACAGGAGGAGGCGGGACCCCCUCGGUGGUGGCCCCUCCAGUGGCUCCUUCCCCAUCUUCCCCCGAGGAGAAGGAAUCAAAAGGCAAAUCCUCCUGGCAGUGCAAAGUGUGCAGCUAUGAGACAAACAUUUCCCGCAACCUGCGGAUCCACAUGACAUCCGAGAAGCACAUGCAGAACAUGCUCUUGCUCCAUCAAGGGUUGCCCUUGGCUCUGCCUGGACUCCUGGGGCAACCCCAAACCGCACCAGGAGGCAAAGCACAGACAGAGCUCUUCCAGUUCUAUGGGGCACAGGCCCUCGGACAUUCCCACCACCCACAUUCCCACCAUGCUCAUUCUGGGGGCAACCCAAGCCUGCGGAGCGACAAGCCCAUGGAGCAAACCCAACUUUUACUCAAUGGAGGCUUCCCACACCUCAGUGCAACUGGAAGGAAGAUGGCUGCCUUGGGGUCAGCUCCUACAUCACUUUCUCCAGAGACAACCGCCCCUUCUCCAUUGCCACCCCAUUCUGGAUCAGACUUGGCAGCUCCCCAGAGAUUGUUUGGCUGUCUAGUGUGCCAGGCUUUCAGCACCGACAGCCUGGAGGCCUUGCUGCGCCAUGCUUCAGCGCCACGCUCUCUGCCUGAGACUGAGUGGAAAGAGGUGUCUGGUGAUUUGCACCGGUGCAGGCUCUGCGCAUAUGGCACCCAGCUGAAAGCUAACUUCCAACUCCAUCUCAAGACAGACAAGCACGCCUUGAAGUUCCAGCUGGCGGCCCACCUGCGUGAAGGGGGCAACAUUGGAGCCCACCUCGGGGCGGACCUCCCACUUGGCCCACCCCUUCACUUGCAUUGCAACCUCUGCGAAUAUGAGACCAACAGCAAGGAAAAGAUGCGGUUGCAUGUGGCGGGAGCUGGACACCAGGAGGCACUGCAAGGUUACAAGUUUCUUCUGGAAAUGGAGGCAACAUCAGCAACAUCCACAGCAGGUCCUGAAUCUACCCAGUUCCGCUGCCUCCUAUGCAACACGGAUACUCCAAACCGCCUAUUGAUGAUCCAGCACCUCCGGUCCCCUCAGCAUCGUGAUGCUCAUGGCCAGUGGCGCCUCCAGCUACUUCAGAAUGGGGAGAGCACUCCGGGUCUUGAGAGAUACAUCUGUUUUGCUCCCGCAAACAUCGCCAGUAAUGAUCCUGCAGGUCGGCCAUUGCGGGCAGCACAUACACCCAUAUCCAGCAAUGGCGGGAAGGAAACUACAUCAGAAGUCUCAUCCCCUGAAAAAGAAUCGCAGAAUAAAAUCCGGACGUCUGGUUCUGAUGAAGCUGAAACAAAAGCCGGAGGUGUGGGCGACACUACAGUGUUCUGCUGUCCAUACUGCAACUAUGUUGACCAGACCACAGAAGCUGUGCGGGCUCAUGCCAUCUCCCAGCAUGCCGUGCAGCCCAAGUUCCGCUGCCCGCUGUGCCAGGAGCAGCUGGUGGGCCGCACCAACCUCCACUUUCACCUCAGCCACAUUCACAACGUGGUGCCUGAAUGUGUGGAGAAGCUAUUGCUAGUGGCCACCACUGUGGAAAUGACCUUUACCACCAAAGUUAUUCCUGGUCUCAGCCUCUCUCCUGACCCACCAAAGCCAGGCGGGACACCCAGCUCAGAGCAAGGGUCUGGAAAUGAACCCAAGAGCCCCCUUGUUGCACUAACUAUGGGUGAGAAAACUCCUCCAGCUUCCAUGCUUUGUCCUGGAUCUCCUCCUCCUCCUGCCUCCCCUACUCUUUCUGCAGACCCUCCAGAAAAGCCACCUCCUGUCUCUUCACCACCACCACCACCACCUCCUCCUCCGCCGCCUCCACCACCACCACCACCUCCUCCUCCAGUUGCUCCUCCAGAGUCUGAAGAUGAAGAUCCUUCUCGAUCAAAUGCUACAUCUGAGGAGCAGCUGCCACCAUCACAGGUUCCAUCUGAUACUCCUGAUGUCUCACUGCUUACCCCUCCCAACCAAGAUCCCCGGCAUCCCCUUUCCUACCGCAAGGCAACCAAUUUUGCCUUAGAUAAGUUUUUAGACCCUGCCCGUCCAUAUAAAUGUACGGUAUGUAAGGAAUCCUUCACUCAGAAGAACAUUCUCUUGGUGCACUACAACUCUGUCUCCCACCUACACAAGAUGAAGAAGGCCUCAGCCGAUCCUUCAGCACCAUCCCGGGGUGAGUCAGGAACCUCCGGAGCUCUCCAGCCAUCUUCAGACAAGCCCUACAAAUGUACCACUUGCCGGGUCUCGUACAACCAGAGUUCUACUUUGGAGAUCCACAUGCGCUCAGUUCUGCACCAGACCCGUUCCCGUGUAGCCAAGAUGGAAGCUGCUGGCAAAGUGGAGCUGCCACCCACUGAAUCAGAACACCCAAGUGAGACACCGCUGGAAAUCGAGGCCCCCAACUGUGUGCAGAUGCCAGCGCUUCCAUUUUUGGCACCAUCCACAGCAGAACUACCACGCUUCCCCACACCCAUAUUUACACCCCCGCUUCUUCCACCUUUUCCAUUGGUACCAGAGUCCCUCUUAAAACUGCAGCAGCAGCAGCAGCAACUUCUACUACCCUUUUAUUUACAUGAUCUGAAGGUGGCCCCCAAGUUGGCUUUAGCAACCCCAGCACUGACACUCCCAACCACCCCACCUGUGCUGCUGCCAUCUAUGCCAGCCAAGGAGGAGCAAGCACCACCACCUGUCAACAACUCUAAACCAGAACCAACAGAAGAGGCUGAAGUGGAGGAAGCUGAGGGGAGUCAACCGGGAAAUGAGGCAUCACGAACGGCAGCCAAAGCCCUUCUGGAGAACUUUGGCUUUGAGCUUGUGAUCCAGUACAAUGAGGGCAAGCAGCCUGUGGCAGCUGCUCCAACCAUUGCCCCACGACCUCCGGUGGGUAAGCUGCAGUGUGGUGCCUGUGGGAAACAGUUCUCCAACAUGCUGAUCCUAAAAACACAUGAGGAGCAUGUGCACCGGCGGUUCCUGCCUUUUGAGGCACUCAAUCGCUACGCUGCACAGUUCCGGAAGAGCUAUGACAGCAUGUAUCCACCCAUGCCACCAACACUCCCCAUUGAAACUACUACCACUGCUAUGUCUGCUGCCACUACAACCACCACCACCACUACCACCACUUCUAUGGAGACCACCACAGUCACCGUUACACCAGCUUCCUUGCCCCUGGAGAUUCCCUCCCUCUGUCCUCCUUUUUUAAUGCAACCCAUGCCUGUGGUGGUGCCACCACCAGAAAGUGAACCCCCCCGCGUGUCUCCUGAGUGCUUAAAAUCCCUGUGGUUUCGAGGGGAAGAUGAGGAAGGUGGCAGUGCCUCUGGAGUACUUGAUCCUCUUCGCGGGAGUUUCCCAACAACCCGGCGCUUCUCCCGUACCAAAUUCACAGAGUUUCAGUCUCAGGCUUUACAAUCCUUCUUUGAGUCCAGUGCUUACCCCAAAGAUGGAGAAGUUGAGCGGCUGUCAGCACUCUUGGGGUUGCCAAACCGAGUCAUUGUGGUUUGGUUCCAAAAUGCCCGCCAGAAGGCCCGAAAGUGUGGAGGUGGUGAAGCUGGAAUGGGCAGUGGAAAUGCUAACACACAGCCCUCCUGCAAGAAAUGCCGGGUAUCUUUCCGCUGCAUCUUUGAACUGGUGCGCCACCUCAAAAAAUGCUACAAUGACCAGCCUGAGGAGGGAGAUGGAGAUGGGGCAGAGGAAGAAAAUGAAUCCCCUGAGGAUGAGGAACAGGAGGAGGAAGAAGAAGAGCAGCAGCAACAGGAGCCUUCAGGGACAGAGGGAGAAACUAAGAUGGAUAGUACUGAAGAAAAAGCCGUAGAGGAACAACCAGUUCCAGCAGACCCACCAGACAUUUCAAGCAACCAUGCCUGUGAUCAGUGCACAGCUAAAUUUUCAAGCGCCGAUCUCCUCAGUAUCCACUGUGUCAGUCAUAUGCCAGCAACAGCAACUCCACUGGCCACUACUGCUCCCCAACCCUCCCUAGAUUUGGCACCCUUAGUAUAUGGCGAACGUACUGCCUAUCCGGAUUCAUCCCGAGCACAGAAGCGGAAGCAUGAGGAUGGGAGUCUAUCGCCCACUGGGAGUGAGUGUGCCAGUGUGGCAGGUGGGGAUGGUGAGCCCCCGCGGGACAAGCGCCUGCGCACUACUAUUUUGCCAGAGCAGUUGGAGAUUCUGUACCGCUGGUACAUGCAGGAUUCCAAUCCCACCCGAAAGAUGCUUGAUUGUAUCUCUGAGGAGGUUGGGCUCAAAAAGAGGGUAGUCCAAGUGUGGUUCCAGAAUACAAGAGCCCGUGAGAGGAAGGGCCAGUUUCGGUGUAACACCAGCACCACAAACCCAAACAGUAAGCCCUCACCAGGACUCCCCACUGCUUUCCCAAAAUUCAGUCCUUCACCACGAGACCCACCUAUCCUUUAUGGUGCUUCCUUCACCUCCAGUCUCCCUGCAAUGAGCUUGCACCCACUACCAGCUAAGCCAGAGGUCUCUGCUGAUCUGCAAACACAAGAAGAAACAGUUGAAGAAGAGAUGCCCAAGGAGAAUGAAGACCGGAGCCUGUCAGGAGGGGAGCUAAGUGAUUCAUCCUCAUCUUCAUCUUCAUUGACUGAUCUGGAUUUCUCUGGCAGCCGGCGGAGUCGAGCAAUGGAUGGUGGAUCUGGAGGCAUGCAAGACUCUUUGGGCCAACGGCGGUAUCGCACACAAAUGUCCAGCCUCCAGCUUAAGAUCAUGAAGGCUUGCUAUGAGGCCUACCGAACUCCCACCAUGCAGGAGUGUGAAGUGUUAGGCGAGGAGAUAGGGUUGCCCAAGCGGGUAAUUCAGGUCUGGUUUCAGAAUGCCAGGGCUAAAGAGAAAAAGGCUAAGGCAUCCACUGGUGGUACCAGCGGUGGUGAUGAAGGCCCCCUCAAUGCCCAGGCUCAGUCUGAGUGCCCCUACUGUGAAGUCAAGUAUGAUUUUUAUGUGUCUUGCCGUGGACACCUCUUCUCUAGGGGCCAUCUAGCUCGACUCAAAGAGGCUAUCAAGGCCCAGCUCAAGAGUGAGAGCAAGUGCUAUGAGCUUGUGCCAGACAAAGGGACACCAUCUCCAACUAGGCUGGGUACCUCUAUGCCUCCUGCUACCGUGCCAUCUUCCCUUGGGAGCAUGGCAUCCUUUGUGCCAGGCCCUUCUUCUUCCUCUGGCGUUCUGAGCACCCCUUUGGCCUCCACCCAGCCAGGCCCACCCUUACCUCAGCACCUCACUCCAGAACCGUCCCAGCAUGGUCCCUCAACAGAACCUGCUCCUGCUCCAGAGACCACCCUGAGCGACAGCCAGGCAGACCCCACUCCAAAUUCAGCCCAGGAACCCUCCUUGUCCUCAACUGCCACACUGAAGAACCUCAAGACGUUAAAGGCCACAGUGCCGGCUCUUUUGGGUGGCCAGUUCCUGCCCUUCCCUUUGCCGGCAGCAACAGCGACUGCCCCCUCACUGUUUGGAGCCCAGCUGCCUGGGGCUUACUUCCAGCAGCUUUAUGGCAUGAAGAAGGGGCUCUUUCCCAUGAACCCUGUCAUACCUCAGACACUUAUGGGGCUGCUGCCCAGUCCCCUGCUCCCAACACCCACGCCUGAGCCACCGGUUGAGGUGUCGGAGGCCCCUGGCAUCUCUACGGUUGAUGUGACUCACCAAUACCUUUGCCGCCAGUGCAAGGCAGCCUUUGAGAGCGAAGGGGCAGCUGCAGCCCACCAGGCCGCUUUCUGCUACUUUGGGCGCCAGCCCCCUGCCGCCCCGCCUCCGCUGCGUGUGCCUGUGUGCACCUACCACUGCCUGGCCUGCGAGGUGCUUGUGAGUGGGCGUGAGGCACUGGGGGCCCACCUGCGCUCCAGCGCUCACCGGCGCAAGGCCGGAUCCAACGCAGCAACCGCAUCGGUGUUUGCCAAAGAGGAAUCCAAAUUACCUCACUCGGACUCCAACCCAAAAAGUAACGCUACCUCUACGACACUACUAGCUUUAUAGAGACGGAUGCUACACUGCCACCAUUGAGAGAGAAUGACUAAUGAACCAGCCAGUGGAGGGAUGGACACCCACUUGGGUGCCUCCCCUCUGCCCAUACCCAAUAACCCUCACGCAAAGCCCAACUCAACCUCACCCCUUUCUUACUGCCAGCAAGGAAGAGUGACCAGUAAGUGUGAGAGAGAGAGGCCUGCCACCUACUCAAGCUGAUCCUCAACCACUCACACCAACCUCAGACCUCCUCUAUUUUUGCCCCAGAUAGUGCCCAUCUUGUGCAGUCCAUUUUGAGGGAAGACCACAUGUCCUGAGGUGAAUAGGAAUGCAGUAUAUCCAUUCAGAACUGCCUUGUCCCCUCCAUGCUAUAGGAUUGGUUUAGAUGAAGGAAAUGGGGCUUCCUAUGGCUCAAGGGUGGGAAUCAUGCUGCUCACCAGAAGCUGCUUAAGUGAAGUUGCCAGCACUCCUCACAACUAGCUGUGCUGGUCAGGGCUGCCGGCACUUGCACAACCAACGACUCCAAGAAAGCUGCAUUAUUUCCACUCCUGGUAUAAAACAUAGAAAUUGUUUCUUUCCUUCACCUUUGCCAAUCCUUGACCUUUCUGCUGCCCACAUUUCCACUCACAAAGCAUUGCCAGUACAACUGCUCUACAUCUCCUACACAUGUCCCAUGUGUCACUUGAGGCUGAUUCCCUACCUCUCCAACUAACCUGCCUCCCAAUACCUGGAUCCUAUCUGGACAGCCAUAGCUGCCCAAUCCAACAUGGAUGCCAGCUCCCAUCUAUUCCCUCUCACUUACCUGUGUAUUCCAGAGUCUUCCAUCUCCUAUGGCAUGCACACGUACCUCAUGCGAGAGUUGCCUGUUUUUCCACACCUGUCUUCAAGACUGCCAUUGUCCUCUCCCACCAUGCAUCUCCAGAGAUCUCUUCAACAUUUCUGUCAAAAGCAUCUCAAGAUAACCCCUGCCAUUUUAAGUUCAUGCUCCCUAGACAAAGGGCUUCUCGCCUGUGUGAGUGAGCACACUUUUCCCCCAGGCUUUUGUAUGCCAAGUCUCUCCUCCAGUCAAUGGAAAUGCUCCAACAUUAUAUCCUUCCACUUGGCAUAUCUCCCUCUAACUUUGCCACAUGUGGCCCAAAGCCCUCCUCUUGCCACAUAUGUGCUAAAACCUUUCCUUGCCUCUCCUCUUGUGACAGCUGCUGGCACACUCUUGACACCCAUUGUGUACCCAAGUCUCCUCUCUCUCUCUUUCUUACACACACACACUCACCUGUUAGAGCUCCCUCUCUCACACUCACCUUCCACCCUUUUACUGUGUUACAGACUGAAAAAGGCCAAAAAAAGCAAAGCAAACAAAAAGAAUGGACAGAAUGAAAAUUGUUAACCCAAGGAGACAAAACUUAAGGGGGGAGGGGGGCAAAGAUGAGAAACUGUCCCCCCCACCCUGCACCCCUCCCAGAGCAUGCGCUGCCCAUUGUGUAUAAAAAAAUGACCAUCGAGGAUGGAUGGACAGAUUCCCGAACUGUUGAUGGAUUUGAACGACUUGAACAGCAACCAAACAGGGAAAGAAAGAGGCGCCGCUUUCUUCUCUCCCACCAUUUUUAUUUUCUCUCUCUCCUCCUCCUCCCCAGUUGGGUCUUUACCUGCACCGGGGAACCAAAUAAAACCAACAACCUCGCUGUCUUUUUCCUCCUGAUAGACGUGACUUCCGUCUCUGCGCGGGAAACGACACAAAACCUACUCCGAUGGCUUUAAAAAGAAAUAAAGAAAAAGAAACCACGAAAACCAGAAGGCUCCUCCCGUCUCACACACAGAGCCCCCUUACAUGCGCUGUGUGCCGACGUCCUUGCAAAAAAGAAAAAAAGAAAAAAAACACACAAAAAACCCUCUUUAUGAAUCCAAAGCUCUUAAAAAAAACUUCUAUACAAUAACCAAAAAAUGAAAACCAACAGUGAGAGAGAGAAUACCCACCAACAAAAAAGGAAUAAUAAAAAGCAAACUGGAAGUAAUUUUUUUUAGAAAAAAAGAAAAAAAAGACAUAUGAUGAUGAUGAUGAUGAUGAUGAAGAAAAAAGUUAACCCUUUCCAUUUCCCAGCCCUCUUUGUGUCAGUUCUUUUGGGGUUCCUUUUCCUGUUCUUUUCAUUCCUUCCUGCUAAGUGUUUUUACACCCCCCCCAAAACAACCAAGAUGGACGUGAAUUUUAACAAGUUGAUGAAAGUGGAAACCUGUGGGGUAAAGGAGGGGAUACAGAGAAGAAGAAAAAAGCCCCACAUAAAUAACCAAACAAACUACACAUGGGGUGUUAAAGAGGGAUGGGUUUUUACAGCGGCUCACCCUCUGGACCACCCUGUUUUCCUCAGAACCCCCUUCUCCCCACAACUCUACACCCCAAAAAGGGGAGGGGGAAAUGUCUUUCUGUUGUGUAUUUAAAGGGGGGGAUGGGGAACGAUAAAAAAAUAAAAAGAAAUAAAAAUUAUAUUAAAGAGAUGAUCUGGAAAAAAAAAA